ACUGAGAUUCAAACAUGGUGAUACUUUUCUUUCUCCAUAUCCUCAUGUUUGCACUAUGUAUGUUGAACUCAAUUCAUUUCAGCCAAGUAUAUUUGUUGGGAAAGAAGUAAAUAUGGAUGCUUGUAACGCUGUCCAGGAUAGAAUUGAAAUGAUAGAAAACGUUGAAACAGAAGUGACAGUGAAGUGGAGAAAAAUGGAAGACCCUGCAGAAAUUUCAUAUGCAAAGCCAUGUCUGGAUAGAACUGAAACUGAAAAUAUUCACACUGGAAGCAAGUCAAACGAUGACUUCAGAACGCAGCCCAGGACGGCUCUUUGCACAGAGAGAGAUACUACAGGGUAUUGGCUCAGCGAAGAAGAGACCCCUUUUACUCAUCCCUCUCCAAAUCAGUCAGAAGAGAUUCAGCAGAAAUACAAUAAUCCUGCAGCCCUUAGGAAGGACUAUAGUCAUAUGAGUUUAUGGGAACCUGUGGUAUAUAACAUUGAACAAGGCACAGAAACCACUCAGAAAGAAGGUAAAAUGCAACUGCAACCACAAAUCAUCCCCACUAGACCACAAGAAAACGUAGAGUCAAAAAGAGGAGGUUUUCUAGAGCUGCUGAAAAGAAUUAAAACAGACUGUGGGGAAGCUGGCAGGAGGAGAAGCAAUCAGCAGGAGUUCAGGCCCAUGCGUUACUGGAUAGCAACCUUUUUUGACCAAAGAAACAUAAGAUGCUCAGUAGAUGUAGCAACUAGCAGAACUCAGAGAUGAGAUCACCUGUCAGGGAGCCUUUGAAGUACUACUAUGCCAAUUCAGAGUCUCCCACAGACAAAUUCAGCUGACAGUAGCAGAUAAUGUAUGCAGAAGUGACUUUAUGGCAGCUUUGCAGAAGGAAAGACACUUUGGCCAUUCAGGCUCACAAGGUAAAUAAGUUUAGGAUGGAUCUAAAAAACUGGUCAAGGUCUUUCGGAAGCCAAAGUUUUCCAGUUCUGUCAGGAAGCACUCUUUUUACCCACCAAGAGAAGGUAACAAGCAAAGCUUGCCUUAGUUACAGCCCUUGAAGCACAGAAACUUCUAGAACUUCUGUACCCAGGAUACUUUGAGGGAAUGAAGUCUGUAGCUGAGAAAGUGAAUGGGUUGAGACACUCUGUUUGCACACACGACUAUGGAACAACUGGAACAAUUGUUGCAGUGUAUUAGACAUGGCGAUGGGCUGACAGAUCGUCUAGACAAGCAGAGUCAGAUAUAUCUCUUAAUCUUCUUAGAUAUAUGUCAUAAGAUUAUGAAUUCUGUGACUUCCAGAAACCUGUGUGACAUUUUCCGCCUAAGAGCCAAAGUAGCAUGGCCAGAACUGUCAAAUGGUGGAGACAGCUCUCAGCAAUUACGGACAGCAUGUGAGUCCUGCAGCUCCCAGACGAAGAGCUAUGAGCUGCUAUAGAAGGAAGAGACCAUGGAGUUGUGAGCCUCCAUGCAAAGUAGCACAUUAGUGAGACAGCUCCUUAACAGUGGGGAGAGGAGACAGUCCUUUUUACUGAUCUUUUGUUCUGGCAAGAUGAAGCAAGUUUCCUAAAGGGUAUAACAACGAUAAGUAACAUUUAUUAAUGUGUAUCACUAAACACCAGAUUAGGACAAAAUGGAAUAAAGGUACCCUAAUUUAGCGAAUAUAACCCACAGGUUAUAUUUGUUUUUACAAACUCCUCGCGCACACACAAUAUACUCGGGUGCGGGGUAUACAACUUUUUUUUUUUUUUAAAAACACACACUGCCCUGUUCCUGCGGAGCCUCCAACCUCCGCGCAGUGAGCACUCCCCCGCCCGGUUCCUGCAUAGCCUUAGGAAGAGACGGGGGAGUGCUCAUCCGGCUGCGCAGGAACUGGGUGGUGAGCCCUCACUGCCGGAAGGCUGCGCAGGAACCAGGUGGUGAGUGGCUGGCUAAUGGUAGAUAUGUUAGAGACCCAGAGAAGGGAAAUACAUUCUUGCCUAUCUGUGCAAUCCCAGGGUAGGGCCACAAAAUCUAUGAAUGGGAGGAAGAGGAAAGACAAUGUAUCUUAAGCAUCCACUCUGGGGAUGGGAAAAAUGCAACUAUUAUCUUUAAGGUAUCACAAGGUACUCCCAUGCCCUCAGGUCGGAGUUAGACACACUGCUGUUUUACUGUAUUACAUCCCCAUGACACAAUAUUUAGUAUAGUAGAGUGAAGAGGCAAAUAUUUCCAGAUUUUAAAAGGCAGACUGAUACUCAAUCAUUUCAAACAGCUGAUGCUUUUCAUCUUUGCAUUCCAGGGGCCCUAAAAUCUCCUCCAACUGUAAACCUAAAUGUUGAGCCCAUGGGCCCUAAAAUGGGGGUGAGGAAGGGGAGCAAGUUCUAUGUUAUGCAGAGCCCAGGACUUCAGAAACUCCUCCAGUUGCAUCCGGAAAACCCUUACAGACUAGGUAUUUUUUGGGUGGAGAACAAGGCUGUUUAGAGGUUUCAGAGGGUCCAAGGGCAGAAGGAUGGGACUAUAUAACUAAAGCACAGAAGCUCCAAUACUGUCUAGCAUCUGCAGAGUGGCUAGGUGAAAGUGUGUGUGGGGGUAGGGGGGGGAAAAAGGAGAAUAAAAUCAUGGCAGUAAAAAAAAGAGAGCCUCUAAGGGGGUGAAGGCUUGUGGGAGCAUGUCUGAGGCCUGAAAUGGAACAAUCUAUUCUUAGUGAGAGGAGGCAGGUUUAAUUAUUAAACAUAUCACGGCAAAUCCCACUGAUAAUGAAAGAGUCCUUGUAUUGCAAAGUUUUCAAGGCCAGAAGGGAUUAUUUUGAUCUUCCAGUCUGACCUCCUGCAUAACACAGGCCACAGAACCUCACCCACAAAUUCUUGAAAGAAAACAAAACAUUUGUUUGAGCUACAACUUUUAGUAAAAUAUUCAAUCCUGUCUUAAAGACUUCAAGUGAUGGAGAAUAUACCACACUAGGGUCUGGCAUGUAAGUAGUAAAGGGAGAGGAGUAGUUCUUCUUGUCCACUACUUUGCUCUUGUUUUGGCUUUUUUUGCUAGAAGCAACAGAAAAAUAUUUUGUGGGACAGGAAGAGGAAGGCCAUGACAGAGGAAACUAUUGCUAAUGGACUGGCCUCCAGACAGGUGGUGCUAUAAUGCUACUUACCAAAGCUGUUGCCAGGAAGGCAUGAGAGAAAGAAUAUAGGACAAAAAUUCUUAACCUGUUAUUCAGAAGGAAGUUGUAAUGAUUGAUUCCUACUUCCUGAAGGUGUGAGAGACGUGGUAAAGGAAGUUUCAUGCUACCAAUACAUAAACUUGUAUUUCUCCUCAGGAUUUCUUGGAGGAAGUUUGUGCAAGAGCCUGAAGGAAGUUUAAUCUCAAAGGUUUUAAUGCCCUUUACAAAUAACUUAUAUGGAGUGAUGCUAUGAAUACUUCGCAACAUGUUGCUGUCAGAAGAGCUAACAGUCACAUUAGGAUCCUUACUAAUUUCUGUUGGCUCUGAUUUAUUGGUCAUAUAUUGCAUUCAACUAUGGUGGAACUAUCUACAAAUGUAUCCAUUAAAAAAGAAAAUGCUCAUUUUUAAAAUUGCACUUAGGAAUCUCGAAAACUAGAUUCAGAGAACUAGAGAACACUUGCAAAUACUUUCAGAACUGUUCCUUGAGAUAUCCUGCAUAUGUCCAUUACACUAGAUGUGCUUAUUUCCUGUGUUUUUCUUUGUGAUACUCAUAGGCAUGGUUAUCCCUGCACUUCAUGCUCUGCCUGCUCCAAGCUGAAGAUAAAUAGAGUGAAACUACCCUACCAACUCUUUGGUUCCUUCACACUGGAGCAUAUGAAAGUUUGAUUUCUUGGGCAAAAACGCUGUGUUACAAAAACAUAACCAACAGCUCUUUCUUCAAGUGACUGUAUAUGUAUAUUACACUUGGUUACAGACAAGGAGAUUCCCAAGGAAAUGAGAGGAGGAGUCUCUUCAGAAGAGAGGAACUGCUUUCCCUAUAGUAGAACUUCCUUUGAUGUAGUAGUAAUUGCAUAACAUCUGGCAAAGCUGUAAACUGUGGACCGUGUUGCUGCUUUACACAUUUCCACAAUCUGGACAUUACUAACAUGCGGUGGAUGCUGAAUGAGCUCUGGUUGAGCAUACAGAUAACUGUUUCAGAAGGUUAAUACCCUAUGAGUACAUCUAGACUACAGGCUUUUGUCAACAGAGGC